AUUCUCUUUUUUAUUGCCGUAAUAAGAGAGAGAGAGAGAGAGAGAGAGAGAGAGGAGAACGGCAGCAGCAGCUCCUCGCCGGACUUCACGAUCGCAGCAGAGAAGGAGAACGGAGGAAGAUCCAGUUCACACACGGACUUCACGAUCGUCGUCGAUCGGCGGCGUCUCCUCGCUGUCGUCACGAGGUUAUUAAUUGGAGAUAGGAGAGGUCUCUGAAGUCUCAAAUUCUCAAUUCUUCUGCAAGCAUGCAACUCUCUCUCUCCCUCCCCGCAUAGAAGAUAGUUAUGGCUAGUUCAGGCCCUCCAUUUCCAGUGCCUCACAAGAAACUCUCGCUAGAUAUCAAUGGAAGUAAAACGGAGCUAAUUAUUUGUAGCUAUGAUGAUCAUAUUCUUGUUAUCGCAACCCAGAUAGGAAGCAUGGGAACAAUAUUGCAUGCCAGGAAGGAAGAAGGGAUGUUAAUUCAGCCGACCUUCAAUGUCUCUGUUAUAUUUGGUAAACGAGACGAGCCAAUGCUAGUAGCAUGUGCUCGUCAGCUGAUCGAAAACAUUAGUAGCUGUGGAUCUUCCAGGCCAUUGGUGCUUUCUCUUGGUCUCAAGGACCAUUCUGCGGAAACAUUGAAAGGCAUUAUUCAUGCUGUGAUAGAGAAUCGCCUCUGGUAAUUUUCUGCCAUAGAAAUCUGAAAAUGAUUCUCGAAGUAGACUCGUAGGCAGGCCUUUGUAGCUUUGAACUUAUUGUGCCUGGGACUGCCUUCUCUUGGUGGUUUGAAAUGGAGGAUAUUAUUAUAUUGAAGGAAAAACCAAGGUUAAUUUUACUUAUUCACACAUUAACCA